AUGCGCGCAAGUAUAUGGGGCCGGUGGCUGUUCGCUCUUCUCCUCGAUGUCCACUCCGCGGCGUCCGCCGUAAACCCCGCGCGUGUCGACCGCGCCGGGCAGACUGAUUGCCAGGACGCGAGCAUCGGAACACUGGAGGCGGGCGAAUGCGCCGACUCCGCCUCCGAGUGCGCCAAGUGGGCAGAGGCGGGCGAGUGCACUGGGAACGCCGGCUACAUGAGGGACGCUUGCAGGCUCACAUGCGAGCUGUGCGCCGAGGUGCAGGGCAAGGCAGCUUUGCCGCGCCACGGUGACCCGCUCCAGGCUCGAGGUGAAGGCUGGGGUCAGCUCGACGAGGAGAAGGUGCUGGGUUGGCUCGGGUGCAGGCGGCGCUCGGGGGGCUACGGCCGGCCGAGCUAA